CGUUCUUCAGACUCAGGAGGUUCUGCUCAGACCGGCCUGGAGGCAGAACCCUGAAGGGAAUGAACUCCUGUGUUCGUAAACGUUCUCCUUCUCUGGGACGUCACAAGAGAACCCUCACACCGGCCUGAACUCAUCGUGCUCUACGAAGAACCUUCAGAUCAGAACCAGAACCGCUCCUGGUUCUCCACAGGGACCCUGGUCUCCUGCCUCCAGAGCUCAGCGUUCUGCUGCAGAACCGGGUUCUGCUCAGUCCGAGGAGUUCCAGGGCAGCAGAACGUGGGAGAGAUCCGCCCCUGGUGGCUUUGUUCCCUGUCUCCAGGUUCUCCAGGUUCUGCAGGUUCUGGACCUGAAUGCAGCCAGUCCAGGAAGCCACCUGACUCCUGGUUCUUCACUUUGCCCCGCCCCCUCCCGGCCGGCCACACCCACAGGUGGAUGAAUGAAGACCCCCUUCAAGAACCCGGCUGCCCCGCGGCCCCGAGCGGAGGGCGGAAAUUCCAGCCUCACUGCAAACAUGAUGAAGAAGAAGAACAUGCACAACAGGAAGCAGAGGAGCAGUGUUGGUUCCGGCCCGGCUCCGCCCCGGAGGAACCUGGUGGGCUGCAGGAUCCAGCACAUCUGGAAGGAGGGCAAUAAGUCCUCCCAGUGGAAGGGGACGGUCCUGGACCAGGUCCCGGUCAGUCCGUCCCUCUACCUGAUCAAGUACGACGGCUUCGACUGCAUCUACGGCCUGGAGCUGCUGUCCGACCAGCGGGUGGUGGGCCUGGAGGUCCUGCCGGACCGCGUGGCCCCGGCCCGGGUCAGCGACGCCCCGCUGGCCGACACCAUGAUCGGGAAGGCGGUGGAGCACAUGUUCGAGACGGAGGACGGGCCCAAGGAGGAGUGGCGGGGCAUGGUCCUGGCCCGGGCCCCCGUCAUGACCUCCUGGUUCUACAUCACCUACGAGAAGGACCCGGUUCUCUACAUGUACCAGCUGCUGGACGACUACAAGGAGGGGGACCUGCGCAUCAUGCCCGAGUCCAGCGAGGCGGCGGCGGCGGAGCGAGAACCCGGGGAGGUGGUGGACAGCCUGGUGGGGAAGCAGGUGGAGUACGCCCGGGAGGACGGCGGCAAGCGGUCCGGCAUGGUGAUCCACCAGGUGGAGGCCAAGCCCUCCGUCUACUUCAUCAAGUUCCACGACGACUUCCACAUCUACGUCUACGACCUGGUCAAGACCUCCUAGAGAACCCGCGGACCCCGCGGACCCCGGCGCCCCCCAGAGACCCCGACCGGCCCCGAACCGUCCAGCGAGGGAACCCCGGCGCCGGGGAACCCGACAGAACCGCUCCUUUGUUUUUACUGUGUGAAACGCCUUAAGACCGUCAGAGACCAGAACCCGGCCUGCAGCCAGAGACCAGCAGAACCCGGAACCCAGAACCUGUCUGAGACCGGCAGGGUUCUGGAACCCAGAACCCAGAACCUGUCUGAGAGCGGCAGGGUUCUGGAACCCAGAACCCAGAACCCGUCUGAGACCAGCAGGGUUCUGGAACCCAGAACCUGUCUGAGACCAGCAGGGUUCUGGAACCCGGCACUCCUGAAACCCGUCUGUCCCUCUGUAACCUGAGAAGGGGGCGGGGUUAAUGAAGGGGCGGGGCCAAACCCUGGUCCAGUCCGGCUGUGGAACCUGCUCUGAACAUGAGAACCUUCAGGACCGCUCCUGGUUCUCCUGCGUUCUCCGGUUUGUGUUCCGUUCUCGUCUGUGCCAAAAACUCACUCUUCUGUGCCAGAACCACAGCGGUUCUGAUGUUCCUCGGACUCCUGCGGCGUUCUAGAACCUGCUGUUUGAUUCUGUAGAACCGGUUCCUGUUUGUCUGUUCAGACGUUCUCAACAUGGAGUUCUAGAAGUUCUCUGGUCCCGAGGUUCUGGACUCCGUUCUGACUCUAGAACGUGGUCUGGAGUCGAGGGAACCAAACAUGCGCGAUGAGGUUCUACUGGGUCUCAGACGUUCUCAAACAAACCGUCUUGUUCUGACCGACGGAACACCAGCUGCUCUUCUAGAACCCAUUUUCCACUCCGGAACUCUUUUUUUAUUUUUGAGAACCUGAUCAUGUUCUUGGCGGAAGACUGCGAUCGAGAACCUGCUGUUAGAACAUCAGAAAACGUUCUCUAUGCUUCAAGUGUUCUCGGUUCCUCCGGUGAGUCGGUGGUUCCAGAACCUCCUGACGUCUUGCUUGGUUCUGGUCCUACAACGUUCUAGAUAACUGGUUUCUCCUGGGCUCUAGAACACGGGCCCGUGGUUCCGUGGUUCUACGGUAUCAAACAUGCAGAACGAAGCUGCAGAACCGUAAUUCCUCCCGGAGCUCCGAGAACGGCCGUGUUCUACAUCAGCUGACACGACCUAGAACCGGCCGUCCAGACCUGACUCCAGAACGUUCCCACGUUCCCUAAAGCUUCCCUCCCGGUUCUAGGAUCUGCAGGCCCAGUUUGAGAACAACUCUUUGGGUUCUCCUGUUCUCCGGAGAACACGCCGGCCCACAUGCCUCUGGAACAGUCGUGUUCUAGAAUCAGCUCUUCGUCAGGUCCAGAUUCCUCAGAACUCUCACGUUCUGUCAGAACCAGGACACUCAGAACCGCGUCCCGCUGUUCUGGAACGGUUCCACGCAGCCGCUCCUCCUGAGAGCGACGGUUCUCUGGAAGCGCUGGUUUCCCAUGAUGCACCUGGCUGAGUGACGUGAGAGGAUGGUCCCGGGUUCCCUCGGAGGGGCGGAGCCAGUGUUCCCCGGUGUUCUCCGGUGUUCUGUUGUUUCAGUUCUCUUGUGUUCAGUGCCUUCAGUUCUCCAGGUUUUACUUUUCUUCGGUUCUUUUGUACAUUUUUUCUUCUUUUUUAGAUCUUUUUUUUUUAAGUUCUGGUGAAGUCAGGCGAGGAGAACCUGGAGCAGCGAGGCGUUCUCCUGAGAACCGGGGUUGUUUUAACAGUUCAUGCUGUACAGUCAGAAAGUCUCUAUUUACUGAAAUAAACCGUCUGUUUUUCACUCCG